CCUCCUCCACCUCCCAGAGGCAGGCAGGCAGUGGCAGUAGUAGAAAUAGCAGGAGGAGGAGCAAGCGCCGGCGAGGAUCUGCUUUCUCCCGAUCUCUCCAAGAGCGCGCUGGGACGCAAGAUGCUGCCGCUGCCGAGACUUAUCCUGGCGCUUCUCUGCCGGGCUCCGCUGACCAGGGGCUCCUGGGCGGAUCCCGGCCAAGGCGAGGCGGCCGUGCUGAGCUUUCAGCUGCCCGAGCAGCCGGCCAGGGAGGUCAGCCCGUUUUUCCUGUCUCUCACCAUCGAUGCCAACCUAGCCACUGAUCCCAGAUUCAUCACCUUCCUGGGCUCUACGAAGCUGCGCACACUGGCGAGAGGUUUAUCGCCUGGCCUCCUGAGAUUUGGCGGCACCAAGACAGACUUCUUGAUCUUUGAUCCUGAAGAGAAACCAACAGCAGAGGAAGAGGUUUGCCAGAAUUUGUUGGCUAAACAAGAUGCUGCAGGUGUCUGUGGAUUCAGAUCCACGCCUAUGGACGUCAUAGAGCAACUGCAGUCUCAGUGGCCUUUCCAGGAAAUGGUCAUCCUCUGGGAGGAAUCCAGGAAGAGGCUCCGAAACACAACCAUUACACGAAGUACAGUGGAUAUUCUGUAUGACUUUGCACGCUGUGCCAAUCUGCACCUGAUCUUCGGACUCAACGCUUUGCUGAGGAAAGGCAACCAGUGGGACAGCUCAAACGCCCAGCUGAUUUUGAAUUAUACCGAAUCCCAGAAUUACGACAUGGAUUGGGAACUUGGGAAUGAGCCCAACAGCUUCAGGAAGAAGUCUGGCAUUUAUAUCGAUGGCUCCCAGCUAGGACAGGACUUCAUACAACUACGUCAGCUGUUGGACAGCUACAGCAGCUACAGAAAUGCCAAGCUCUACGGGCCUGAUGUAGGUCAGCCUCGGAAGCACACUCAGAAGUUGCUACGGAGCUUCCUGAAAUCAGGAGGAAAAGUAAUUGAUUCUGUCACAUGGCAUCACUAUUACCUGAAUGGCCGAACUGCUACCAGAGAGGAUUUCCUGAGCCCAGAUGUGCUGGACACUUUCAUCACAGCCGUACAAGAAGAACUCCAGCUUGUUGACGACACUGUCCCAGGCAAGAAGGUUUGGCUGGGAGAAACUAGUUCAGCCUACGGAGGGGGUGCUGCUCAGCUGUCCAAUACGUAUCUUGCUGGUUUCAUGUGGCUGGACAAACUAGGUCUGUCUGCCAAACUGGGCAUUGAUGUGGUGAUGAGACAGGUUUUGUUUGGAGCAGGAAGCUAUCAUCUGGUGAACGCCAGCUUUGAACCUUUGCCAGAUUAUUGGCUUUCUCUCGUAUACAAGAAACUAGUGGGCGCCAAAGUCCUGCAUGUCAAGCUGUCAGGCGAAGACCCAAGGAGGCUUCGAGUGUAUCUUCACUGUACAAAUGAGCACCACCCGAAGUACAGAGAAGGGGAUAUCACCUUAUUUGCCUUGAACCUUUAUAACAGCACAAAACACUUGCAGUUACCUUCUUCCUUCUCCAGCAAGCAGAUCGAUGAAUAUCUUUUACUGCCUCAUGGAGAAGACGGCAUACUUUCCAAAUCUGUGCAGCUGAAUGGCCAUGUCUUAAAAAUGUUGGAUGAUGAACUACUGCCCACUCUCAGGGAAAAGCCUCUUGCUCCAGGAAGCCGCCUUGCACUUCCAGCUUUUUCAUAUGGAUUCUAUGUAAUAAGGAAUGCCAAGGUGCUGGCUUGCAUUUAGCAACUUAGCUCACGUUCCCAAAAUCAAGUUGAUGGCCAACGUCGUGUCAAGACAUUCGGCUCCUCCAGAUAUUUUGGUGGCAGAAACAAAGCAAUCCAAGAGUGAAGGGGAAUAUCCCUCCAUCCUGGCCCCCGUUUUUAUUUCAAAUUUCCACCUGUAACACUUACCUAAGAACUUUGUUUCAGCCACUGUUUCCCCAAGAACAAAAGCUCAGCUUAAGGAGGGAUUCCAGUUAGAGAUGCAAAGAAGAUGGAUGUCAGACAGCAAGUUGCAAAUUAGUGGCAUAGGUUCUCAGCGACGUCUACACUGGCUUGGUCAUGUACACAGAAUGGAAGAUGGCAGGAUCCCCAAGGACGUUCUCUACGGGGAGCUGGCUUCAAGCACUAAGCCUUUUGGGCAGACCAACUCUGUGUUAUAAAGAUAUCUCCAAUUCCUCAAAAGAUCCCAUCAAUGGCGUCUCUGAAAAUUUUUACACAUCGCUUGGGAAGACAGGCGAACUAAUAUCAGUGUACUGGAAGAAGCAAAAGUCACCAGUGUUGAAUCAAUGAUUCUUCAACAUCAGCAUCAUUGGACUGGUCAUGUUGUGCAGAUGCCUGAUGAUUGCCUUCCAAAGCAACUACCGGUACUCUUCCGAACUUAAAAAUGGAAAGCGUAAUGCUUUGGUCAACGAAAGAGGUUUAAAGACUGUGUCAAGGCAAAUCUAAAAAAAUGUAGUAUAAACACCGACAAGUGGGAAACACUGGCCUGCGAGCGCUCCAGUUGGAGAACAGCCUUUACCAAAGGUGUCAUGGGCUUUGAAAAAACUCGAUCUCAGGACACAAGGGAGAAACAUGCGAAGAGGAAGGCACGCUUGGCAAAUCCACACCGUGAUCAACUCCCGCCCGGAAACCAAUGUCCCCACUGUGGAAGGAUGUGCGGAUCCAGAAUUGGCCUCCACAGUCACUUACGGACUCAUUGUUAAAACAGUGUUUAUGGAAGACAAUCUAACUCGACUACGAGUGAUCGCCAAAGAGAAGAGAUAAAGAGAUCUGCAAACAUGGCAUGAAGGCUGGCAACAUCAACCCCACCAUGUGGGAAUACUUUGCAGGCAAUCGCAGUGCCUAGAGACAGACAGUGCAUCCAUAGCAGUGGUCAGAGAAGGAAUGACCUCUGGGAGGCGUGUAGAGGGGCACCUGCAGCAAGACAACCGAAUGCCUUCAUCUGCCCCACCUGCAAUAAAAGACCAUAUUCACAGCCCCCAGCAAGAGCUGAAACUCUCCAACAAUUUGACUUUCUUCCCAAAGGCGAGACUCUUCCAUUGUCUCCCGAGGCAACCCUUUGAGCAUCUGAGGAUAAACAGGCAAAUGGGCCAGUUGAGUGACAUCAGGGAAAAGCAAUCUUGAGGUUAACAGAAGAAGAAGCAGCAAGCAGGUUCCAGGCACAGCCAAGGAGACACAUAAUAUAAGAGCUGUUGGCCAGCCUGCCUGGAGACUUUUACGGGGCUUCUGGGAGGCUAGCACCAAAAAGAGAGCAGGCAAGCUCAAGCAUUCUCAGGGAUUCUUGUAUUCUAUGACAGGGUAGCGACCAGGAGGGAUUCCUCUUCGUGAUUUCUUAUAAAUUAGUUGUAGCACUUUCGCAAAUGUGUCUGGCACACUUGCAUGCUGCCCACCAACAAACUACACCUCAUCCAUGCCAGUCCCUUAGCUGACAUCUGCUGGGUCAAACAUACUAGCAGGAUCAGCAUGGGAGAAACCGCAACCAUCAUAGCCACAAAUCCCCUUGACAGCAGGUUCCCUUUACACAAUACUUUGUGGGUAUUUCUGGCUUCUGUUGCUAAGGAAGCUGUUUUAUGGAAGGUACCCCGUUUCCUUUCCCCACAAUAUGCAUAGAGUAAAACCAUUCCCACCUCCCUUUCAUUAUAGACAUACGACCUACAACAAAAUGUUUACAGUGGGACACAUUCCAGCUUGGGUUGCAGACUUUCUGUUCCCAGUUCCUAACUUUUCAUUUCUGCCUUGCCCCACCAGCCCUCCAACACACACACACACACACAGUCAACAUUUCAUGCCCUUUGACCAUGCUCAGUUGUCCCUGGGAAUUUUGGAGGGACUGCAAAACCAUUUUGGUACUUCUGCAAAUGUUGGCAUUCCUCCACAUCUGCAGAUACAGCGGUACCUCGGGUUACAAACGCUUCAGGUUACAAACUCCGCUAACCCAGAAAUAGCACCUCAGAUUAAGAACUUUGCUUCAGGAUGAGAACAGAAAUUGUGCUCCGGCCGCACAGCAGCAGCAGGAGUCCCCAUUAGCUAAAGUGGUGCUUCAGGUUAAGAACAGUUUCAGGUUAGGAACAGACCUCCGGAACAAAUUAAGUUCUUAACCAGAGGUAGCACUGUAACUCCCUUUUGUGUGGGGGUAGGGUCAUUUUGACUGCAGAUAUAAGCCAGGGAUAGUCAACAGGGUGCCCUCCAGAUACUGCAGACUGCAACUCCCAUUGGCCCCAGCCAGCCUGGCCAACAGGCAAGAAUCAUGGUUCCAUCCCUGAGAAACAAUUGCAAUCAAGAGAAUUGAGAUUGCUAUUAGGCAACAAAGGCAAAGGGGUUGCAGCUGAGGAUUAAGAACCCGUGCUUUGCGUACAGACAGUCCCCAGUUCAUUCUCUGGCAUCCCCAAAUGGGGCUGCUGGAAACUCCUGUCUGACGCUCUGGAGAGAUGUAGGGAAACCUGUGGCCCUCCAGGUGUUGCUUGCUGGUCUCCUGGUUCCAUCAUCCUAAUCCUUGGCCACGCUGGCUGGGACUGACGGGAGCUGGAGUCCACCGACAUCUAGAGGCCACAUGUUUGCUUCAGUGAACUUGAUGGCGCAAUGGUCAAACUCAGGAUAAUGUUCCUAGAUUUUGGCAUGCAGCUUGCCAAAAUGCAAUUCUAGGCAACUUUAUUGCACUUCACUUUGAUGUGUGUUCAUGUGUUUUGGUACCUGCACGUUUUUUUGAAAUAAACUAAUUUAUAUUAUGUGUUUGCUGUUUUAGUUACAGGUGGGUAGCCGUGUCAUAGCUGCCAAGUUUUCCCUUUUCUCGCGAGGAAGCCUAUUCAGCAUAAUGGAAAAUCCCUGAAAAAAAGGGAUAACUUGGCAGCUAUGAGCCGUGUUGGUCUGACGUAGUCGAAACAAAAUGAAAAAAUUCCUUC